CAAAUCGUGAUGACGGGAAUUAUAUUGGCAAUUGAAGCACCUGAUCAGUGAAUACGUAAUGCCCACAGCUACCCCACCCAAGGUCUCCGGUAUACCCGUUGUCUCACGCCUGUCGCCAAGGUUAUCUCGGAUUCGUAUAUAACCCUGUCCAUCCCUUCAACUACAUUUGACAACCCAGCUCAGUUAAAGAACAAAUAUCGACGAUGGAAGAAUUCCUCGCACCCCCAGCUCCAGGCCAUCGCUACCCAUACCCACCCAACGGAACCUGCGAAUCCGCCUCCCAUCUCGGGUACUCCGUCUUCUGGGCUACAUACGCCGUGUUCCUCCUUUCCUCCCUGUUCUUCAUCUUCCUAGCCUCCCGUGUCGAGAAGUCACUCCGCCUCUUCCACUACAUCACGACAACGGUCACACUCAUCGCCGCGGUAUCAUACUACGCAAUGGCAACCCACUCCGGUUCAACCUGUAUCCCAACCCCACACGACUCCGCUGACGUCCACGCCUACCGCCAAGUCUUCUGGGCCCGCUACGUAGACUGGCUCUUCACUACCCCCCUCCUCCUCAUGGAUCUAGCCUUCCUGGCGGGGAUGGGAUGGGUCGAUAUCAUACUCCUCACGACGGCGGAUCAGGGGAUGAUUUUGCUUGGAUUGUUUGCGGGGCUGAAGAGUAGGAGGACGGGGCAUGGGAAGGCGAGGUGGGGGUGGUUCGUGAUGAGUUUGGUGUUGUUUUUGUAUGUUGUUGGAUUACUUACGACUACGGCCAGGAGGCAUGCGAAGGCGAGGGGAGGGAGGGUUCGGAAGAUCUACGACACGCUCGGGUUUUACGCAGUUUCCCUCUGGUGUGCAUACCCCAUCGUCUGGGCACUCGGAGAAGGAACCAGGAAAAUUGGAGUCGAUGCAGAGAUUAUUGCGUACGCGGUUUUGGAUGUGAUGAGUAAAGCGGUAUUUGGGAGUAUUUUGUUGAUUGCGCAUAUGAGGAAUCCGGAGACGAGUGUGCCGUUGACGGGGUAUUGGAAUUCGUUGGUGCCGGAGGGGGAUUCGGAGAGGGCGAGGUUGUUGGCGGAGGAUGAUGAUGAGAAUUGAGACGGUGCGAACGAUGUGAUGUCGAAGGGGGAAGGCAGGAAGCAUAGUAUGCGUUUGUUUUUUCUUUAUCAUUUGUGACCACAUCAUUCUCGGG